AUCGUAUUGUUUUUCUGUAAGUAUUACUAUGCUCUGUGGCAUUGUUUGAUCGUUCAUAAUUGUUUAUCUACUAUUCGUGUGUAUUUGUUUGGAGAUUCUGGCGUUUUAAACGGAAGCAUUAAAUUAUAUUUAAAUAUAUUAUAUUGUUUCCAAAAAAUUAUGUCAGAUUUAAAAUGUUGGUUUUUUGUAAAGAUAUAAUUAUACAAUAUGAUUUUUGAUAAACGUUUUCUGUCAUAUGAUUUAAAAAUUGUGAUAUAAAAUUUCCAUAUAAUGUCUAAUUUACUAUCAUUAAGUGCGAAAAAUCAAUCCAAAAAACAAAAUAGUAAUCGUGAACGUGAUAGAAAUAAAUCAGUUGCGUCUGAAUCUGGUGGUUCAAGUCAAUGUGAUACUCCACCUCUUAUAGAAAAGGAUGGAGGUCCGUCUCAAGGCAAGUUUGCUGGGAUCAGUGCGGAGUCAAUACAAUGUAUGGCUGACCAAAUUGGUGCAGAAAUUAAUGCUGAGGCUGCAACGAAUCUCGCUGAAGAUAUCAGUUAUAAGUUACGACAGACCCUUAGUACAAUCGCCUUACAUAGUGAAAUGAUGAAGAAGACCUGUGUUGACAGCUGGGAUGUUAAUACAGCACUUACUCUCUCAGAUACUAGUCCAGUUGUGGGUGCCAUUGCACCACAUUAUGUAACACUAGGAGAAGAAAAGCUUUGUUGUGAAGUUGAGACGCUAGUAAAUAUAACAGAAUACUCAAUGACUACACAAAGCUAUGCAUUCGCAACAUUACCGACAGCAUAUGUUGAGUGGAUAACAGAUGAGAAAAGUUUAAGUAAUAGCAACAAUAUUAGUAGUAAUCUACAAAAUUAUUAUACGAAAAUUUCUAGAGCAAUACUAAACCUUAAUAAAAAGCCGAAGCAGCUAGCAGUAGAAGAUCUCUCAACAAAUACUCGGAUUGGUCCGAUAUUUCCAAAUCUGUUUAACCUGGCUGUCCUGGUACUAAACGAUGACAAUCUGACAGCUCUAAACGUACCCGCUAAGACACCUUUAAAGAGUAACGUGUUGGAUAUGGUCGAUGCUCUCUGUUCCAAUCCUUGCAGCUUGGACACGAAUAUACAACAGCAGUUUCAAAGGCUAUUCCCCGUGAUGGUGUCCAAUAUAUUGGGUAAUGGAUCGUUAGCUGAAAAGAUGGUGACGAUAUUAACAAAAAUUACUCGAACGUGGCCCUCUUUUACAGAUAUAGGUAAAGGAAUACUAUACGACUACCUGUCACAAGGGACGAAGGAACGUUUAACAGCUCCAAUGAUAAGAUGUGUGACUGCCCUUGGUCGGCAGGCUCUUGUAGAAUGUUUAGGAGAUCACUUGGAACAUUUGGAUGAGCGGAUACAUGCACCGAGACGAAGCCACUUACACACAGAUGUUAGAGAGACUAUGCUUGACGUCUCAACAUGUCUCCUGCGAUCUGAACCAACAAAUUUUUUAGAAGAUUUCGUAACGACUGAUUAUACCUUAUACGAAAUGCUAGGAGAUUCUAUAUUGCCGAGGAGGACUCUGUUUUAUGCUAAAGAAAUUGGAAAAAACGAAAAGACUGCAACGGAUAAAUCAUCAGAUGAAGAAUAUCCUUACCUUCCUCUACGGCCUAAUGUCAGGCGAUCGAAAGUCAAACUACACCUUCGUAAAAAUAUUAACGGAAAUAUUCACAAAGAAAAAUGGUUCGAAUCGGUAAAAUUAAAGAAGAAAAGCAUACAAAUAAGAAUAAAGAACUGUCGGUCCAUCGAUGUCUCUAAGAAACGUCUAGAACAUUCAAGAAUACACAAUAAUGUGACCACGAGCAGAGUAAACGGCGUCGUCGUUGCGAGUGGACUCCUAAAUAGAUUUAGAUAUAAAUUAAGCAAACCUACCACUUUUCCGUUAUUUGGAGCUUUAACACUUUAAAAACUAUUUUUAAGGAAAUAUAAUUUAUUAUUUUA